UAAAGCCCAGGCAGCACUGGGUGGUAUUCAGUUUCAGAAGCAGACAGACGGUGAUCAUUCACUAUGAAUCAGAUAAAAGUGAUAUUUGCCUUAGUUCUAUUCUGUGCUGCACUUCUACCUGGUGAAUGCAUCACAGGAGGAAAGGAGGCAGUGGCAAACUCUCAUCCUUACAUGGCUUCACUUCAGUGGAAUGGAAAACAUGAAUGUGGUGGAUUUCUGAUCUCCAAUCAGUGGGUCAUGAGUGCAGCGCACUGCUUUCAGAACGGGAGGGAUUCCGGUGUUAAGGUUGUGUUGGGUGCUCACUCACUGUCCAAAGAUGAGGACACAAAGAAAUCCUUUGAUGUCUCUGCAGUCUACAACCAUCCAGACUUCACUAUUAGCAACUAUGACAAUGAUAUUGCUCUGCUAAAACUUGAAAGUCCAAUCACAGAGAAUUACGCUGUGAAACCAAUAAAAUUCCAAAGGGACGGAGAGGUCAACCCCGAGAAGGGUGCUGCCGUGGAAACUGCCGGAUGGGGCUCCCAGAAUAACUUGGGGGGUCGACCUGACAAAUUGCAAGAGCUCAGCAUCACGGUCAUGGACCGAUGGCUCUGUGGUCGUAGCGACUACUAUGGAGCAAAGUUCACAGACAACAUGCUGUGUGCCGCAGAAAAACGAAAGGACACUUGUGAUGGCGACUCUGGGGGUCCUCUGUUGUACAAGGGUGUUGUGGUGGGCAUAACCUCUAAUGGAGGGAAAAAAUGUGGUUCCAGCAGAAAGCCUGGUCUCUACACUAUCAUCUCCCAUUACACCCAGUGGAUUGAUCGUACAACAACCCAAUAAAGCAAAAGUACCAAGAAAAAAGUUAAGCUUAGAAAGCUCAUUGAAAUCCUUUGCUUAUGAUAUUACAUAAAAAAUGUGUAGGUUCAGCACAUCUUUUGUAUGUCUGCAUUUUAAUAAAAUCUUUAUUACACCUGUCUGAAA